CCAAGAUGAGAGGGAACGAAGCAUUAGCCACCGGCAUGGCCUCAUUGUUGCUCUUCUUCUCCUCCAUGCCCAUUUGCCAAGCACAGCUAGGCCUAGGUGAACCAAAAGUGAGCUGCUUUGAUUCCUACUUACAUGACCUCCAUGUCGCAAAGAAGCCUACGUCAGUGACCGUGGCCAAAGCCAACACGGCAAAUGCCUUGCCCACUCUCUUUGGCGAAGUCGUUGUUAUUGACGACCCCUUGACCGAAGGACCGAAGCUCACAUCCAAGGUUAUUGGUCAGGCACAAGGCCUGUAUGCUUUCACAUCCCAAACUGAGCUCAGUUUGUUCGAGUCCCACAACUUAGUAUUCACAGAUGGCAAGUUCAAAGGUAGCACUCUCAUUGUGAUGGGGAGGAAUCUAGUUCCGCUUAAGGUGAGGGAGUUGUCGAUUAUUGGAGGUACCAGAGCCUUCCGCCUGGCUCAUGGCUAUGGUGUUAAACAAACCUACUCCAACGAUACAACAACUCUGAACGCUAUAGAGCACUACAAUGUAACCGUUAUCCACUACUGAGGAAAUGUCAUUCAUGUAUCAUUUUAGAAUGAUUCUAUGACUGAUGAAAUUUCCU